UAUUUGACAUACGCAGCUGUAUGUAAAUAAGCUUGUUUGUUGGUUAUGUAUUUUAUUUUUUGCCUAUAAUUACUAGAAAUGGAUGAAAUACCAAUGGAACCUGCAAAUCUAGACAUUGAACCAAAUACAGCGUUGACCAUUACUCCAGAAAAUGUAGAAAUAUCCGAAGAAAACAUCGCUACCGGCGACCAACCUCAAUUCCAAUACCCACCACUAUUUCCAAGUAAAACUCUUUUGGAGCUCUGCAACUCUUCGUGGUCUCGUUCUCUGAAGGAUGGUGAUGAGUCCCAGCCUUACCUGCGCGGGUGUAAGUGGUCCCCUGACGGCACGUGCUGCCUGACCGUGGUCAAUAAUAAGGGAAUGCAUGUCGUUGAGUUACCAAAAGAUUUAUAUGUCGAUUCGGUGACGGCCGAUCGGGUUAUUGAUGUGUUGGAUUCGGUCAUUCAUGUGAAAGAGGCAGGACUAGUGUAUGACUACUGUUGGUACCCGGCUAUGAACAGUUGUGUUCCAGAGACAUGUUGUUGGCUAACCACCCUACAAAAUGCCCCUGUUCAGAUGUGGGAUGCGUUUGAUGGCUCCCUAAGAUGCAGCUACCGAGGCUUCAAUGCGGUGGACGAGAUGGAGCCGGCCUUAUCUGUCACAUUCAGUUCUGAUGGGACCAGGAUCAUUGCUGGCUACAAAAAGAUGCUAAGAACCUUUGAUGUUGGCAGGCCGGGCCGAGACUGUGCAGAAUACAAGAUAUCCUCCCCCGCAUCAUGCAUGGCGACCGACAGCAACCUGCUGGCCGUGGGCUCGUGGAACACCAGCAUCAGCCUGUACAGCGUCAGCGAGCUGGACACCUACAAGAGCAUAGGGAAAAUGCAUGGGCAUUCUGGUGGAGUAACCCAUAUGAAAUUCACUCCGGACGGCUUAAAACUAGUGAGUGGGGCUCGGAAAGACCACCGCCUGCUGGUCUGGGACAUCAGGUACUACAGGAGACCUCUCAACAUCCUCAGCAGAGCCGUGGACACUAACCAGAGAGUAUACUUCGACAUAUCGCCGUGUGGCAAGUACCUGAUGACAGGAGGAACUGAUGGUAUACUGAAGGUGUGGGACGUGAACAAAGUUGAUUGGACUUCGAGCAUCGAUACUGGGAGUGUAGAAACUGAUAAUGCAUCUUUUAAGUUUCCUCUACACUCCGACUGUUGCAACAGUGUGUCCAUACAUCCAUAUCGGCCUAUAGUAGCCACCGGCUCCGGACAACACCACUUCUCAGACCCGACUACCAUAGACAACGGAGAUAUAUCCCCAGAGAGGACCACAGACAAAACAAAUGAAGUGGAAAUGAAAUAUUCCAGCAAUUCCGAAAAUUGUUUAGUGUUUUGGUGGACUGGAGAGGUGCCGAAUUUAACGUAGAUUUUUGUACCUACUUUGUGUAAAUUGACUUGAAUAUAUCUGUGAUACUAAAUGAAAU